AUGGACACCAAUAAAGAAGACACUUCGGCUAAAUCUGAAAGUUCAAAAAAUGUGACAAGUACAACGGGAGAAGCACUUCAAAACUGUACAGAAUCAGAAUGGGAUGCAUCAGAUGAACCGUAUUCUGCAGAGUUGCUCAAUGUGAAAAAGAAACCAAAUCGGGUCAACGUUUUCUCAGCCACUGAGAAAAAUCUGGAAACCGUUGUUGUCACUGAAGAAUCUCCACCCCAAACUCCACUUCCUCCGAAACCAGUUGUUGAACAUCAUAAUCUUGCUCGUCUGAUUCAAAAGUCUUGUGAGCUACUUCUAGAAAAUACGACGGCGGAUGAAACUGAAGUGCAUGUCAAAUUGGAGUUCCCGGAUUGGAGAGAUUCCUAA